AUGAUGUUCGUGGAGGUGGACCGGGACACGGGGAUCCAGGAGCUGCGAGAGGCCGAGCCGCUGGAGGUGUACCCGGUGAGCGUGGUGGCGGGUGCGGCCGGGGUCCAGGGCUCCUGUGGGCUCUUCAGAGAGCGUGUGGAUGUGAGCGAGCAGACCCGGAGCGCUGAGCUGACGCUGGAGCAGGUGCAGAGCCGGUGGGGCGAGCGGCUGGUGCUGGUGGCGUCUCAGGAGCGGCGCUAUAGAGCUCUGAUCGGAGCCGAGGGAGACCCCGAGCUCAAGCUGCCCGACCUGUGCUACUGCAUCCUGGAGAGACUGGGCCGCGCUCGCUGGCAGGGGGAGCUGCAGAGAGACCUGCACACACGCAUCUUCAGAAUGGACGCAGGGAAGAUGCAUUACCUGAGGAGGACUCUGGACAGAAACGGGCUGAUCACGCUGCAGUCACACGUGGCUCGCCUGCCGUCUGGAGCUCAACAACACUCCCUGCUGCUGCUGCUCAAGCGCUUCCACGUGGACAGGAGGAGUAAGUAUGAUAUCCUGAUGGAGUCCACAUCUAACCUCCUCUCUGAGCUGCCUGACAAGACCGGCAUCAUGAUGAAGAUCCGCGAGCAGCUGCGUGUGAGCGAGCGCACCUUCAAGCGCGUGUAUCAGUACAUGUUGGCUGCUAAGAUGGUGAGCGUGGUGAGGAUCCCUCUGAAGGAGCUCGACCCCGGUGGAGGCCCCUUCAAAACGCUUCGAGGCACUGACGUGUUCGUGCGCUGUCUGAAGCUGCUGAAGCCGUACGGACAGAAGGAGGCGGAGGAGGAGGAGGACGAGGAGAACAACGAUGAAGACGGAGAUGCGUGCGCCAGGAGGAGCGUCCUCGGCGAGCCGCGCAUCAUCGAGCGAGACAUGCUCACGCAGGCCUACGACAUCGUGGUGUCGACCGGGACCAGAGGGAUCUCUCAGUCGGCGCUGCGAGGACGACUCAACCUCGGGAAGCUGGAGGGACGCAUGAUCUGCAGAUUACUGGAGCGAAUCAGCAUGAUCAAGGGCUUCAUGGAGGACGAGGGCAGGCAGAGAACCACCAAGUACAUCAGCAAGCUGUUUGUGGAGCAGAGUCGGCUCAACCAGCAGUUCACUAAAGAGCGGCAGCGCAGCCAGCACCUGCGCGUCACACACCUCUCCGAGCCCCAGAGCCGAGCGGAGCCGGGGCCCCCCGCCGGGGCCCCUGAGCAGCAAGUGAAGAAAGCACCGCAGAAAACACACGUACCCAAGCAGCUCAAACAGCCCAAACUCAGCUUCAGCAAACAGGCCACGCCCCCCAAAAAGAAGUCCUCGGCGCGAGUGGGCGGGGCUAAAGCGUCUCAGAAGGCUGAGGCUGCUGACUCCGCCCCCAGCACGAGCACCAGCCAAUCACAGCAGCCGGAAGAUGUGCAGCCGGUGAUCGUGGAGGUGCUGACGGAGGUCAGUAAGUCGAAGAAGGCGGAGGUUCACGAGACGUAUCGCCUGCUGAAACGCAAGAACAUGAUCAUCGAGGCGGUGCGCUGCAGCAAGAUCAUCGAGGGCUUUUACACGCUGCAGAAGCUGCUGACGGAAGAGGAGAAGAAGGACGGCAUCAGCACUAAAGUGUGUAAGAAGAGCGUGGUGAGGCUCAUCCGCUCGCUGUCUCGAGAGGGGCUUCUCAAACUCUACAGGACCAUCGUCAUACAGGACGGAGUGCAGAAGAAGGUGGAGUUCGUGGUUCACCCGUCUGUGACGCCUGAUGAUCCGCUGCUCAAAAGUGCUAUAGAGCAGAUCCGCCUGCGCAUGUCCAGCUCUGCCUCGGCCGCCCGGUGAGAGACAACAUUACCCACAAUCCCCCACUCUCACAUACACCACUUAAUCAUGUUCGUGAAGGAGAACAGCUGGAAGAGGUAUAUUCCUCCCAUCCCGCUGCACAAGGACUUCGGCUUCGGCUGGGCUCUCAUCAGUGAUGUGCUGGUGUCUCUGCCGCUCAGUGUCUUCAUGCAGGUCGUGCAGGUCAACUACCAGGUUGAGGGUUUGGAUCAGUAUCUGAAAGAUCCAGUGAAGCAGCAUUAUUUGAUCCGAUUCCUGCCUGCUGAUCGCACACACUCACUUCUCUCUCACAGGAAGUACAUCUUCAGUUUCCACGAGAGUCUGCAGCGGUUGUGUUUCAUGGGUCUGCUGCAGUUUGGCCCCACUGAGAAGUUCAUGGAUAAAGACCAGGUGUUUGUGUUCCUGAAGUCGAAGGCCAGGAUCGUGGACACGACGGUGUGUGACCCGCACUAUAACAUGGCCAUCGAGAGCCUGCGUCUGUUUGAGAGGAGACACUACGUGUUCAGCAGCGCGCAGGAGGUGGAGAACUACUGGUUCGACCUGCUGUGUGUGUGUCUCAACACUCCUCUAGGUGUGAUCCGGCCGCGUCCAAGCGAAGAUGCAGCGGAGAUGGAGGAAUCUGAUGUUGUCAUGGCAACGGAGCGUAACUCCAGGCUGCUGUACACGUUACAGGGCAGUUGUGAUGUGGUGGAUGAUGGUGUUACCCCCGGCGACGGGCAGGGCGCAGGCGGACUGGACUCAUCGUUCUUCAGCCAUCUGAAACGCAACUGGACCUGGACCAGUCACCUGAUCAACCCCAGCAAACAGAGCACUGAAACCCAAAAGACAGGAACCCAUCCUACGGUCAGACUGAGGAACCUGCUGUCCAAACUCCCUCCGCCCAAACCUGCCACGCUCACCGCGGCUCAGAGCGGCGUGAAGGCGGCGCCCCCUGCUGUCCUGGAGGAGGAGGUGCGCACCAGCUCAGAGCCGUCCAGCAGGAACCAGGAGGUGCGCGGAGGACGAAACCUCAAACGCAAGAGAGAGAAGAAGGAGAGCAGCAAACCCACCCGCAAGAAGAAGAGAGUGUCAGUGCGCGCAAGCAGACAGAGCCAGGCUCAGGACGAGACGGACCGCCGCGCUCUCCUGCAGAUGACCAGACAGAGAGUCACCUGGACACACAUGGAGGACAGCCUGCUGAUGCUGUGCCGUGUCGCCAGCCACUUCCUCAACUGCAAGCUGAAGAGGCCGUUCGUGCCCUGGACGGUGGUGCGUGACGUGCUGCACGCUGAGUUUGAGUUAUCUCUGGAUAAAACAUCACUGUCUGUCGGCCGGCGUGCACGCUACAUCAUGAAGAACCCGCAGACCUGCCUGAACUACAGGAUUUGUCUGGCUGAGAUGUAUCAGGAUAAAGAGCUGAUGGCCAAAUUCAUGAACUGGACUGGCGACUAUAAUGAUGUGAAGGUGUGUGCAGCGGAGUAUAAGGAGUUUGUUCGCUCUCUGAGGUCAAAGUUCAGCACCAGCUACGGCUCCAGCGACGUCAUCAUACCAGACACCAGAGAACAGCUCUUCAACAAGUUUAAAGUGUUCGCUAUCGCAGACGGAUCAACUGAACGCACUAAAGACAUCAUCAAGAGGAAGGAGGACAUUCAUGUUCUGGUGCUGUUUAAUUUGAUUCAGAGCACACUAGUGCUCACCAACGCCCAGAUGAAGAACUACAGGCCCUUCCAGACGUUCUGUCUCUACACGCGCUACAGGGAGGAGGUUUUGUCUCAGGCCUUCCAGACGUGUCGUAAUCGUGCGCUAGUGAACCGCCGGCGACCCACGUCCAUCUACGGCCUGAAGAAGUGCCACGCGCUGCCUUUCCUGCCCAUGUCCUACCAGCUCUCACAGCACUACUACAAGUUCUUCACGUGGCGUUUCCCCAGCACCAUCUAUAACGAGGCGUUCGAUCUGCUGACGGGUUUGUGCGAGGCCGGCGGCAGCGACAGACCCAACAGCUUCUCCUUCCAGAAGGAGCCUGAGACAUCGGGAGUGCAGCCGGAGACGGACGAGGACGAGACGCAGGGCAUGCUGCAGUUCCCCAUGGACGCUCCGGGGGGCGCCAGCGCCUGCUGCCUGACCCUCAUGACCCUGGGGCUGCUGUCUGUGGACAUCAGCAUCCCGCAGCAGAUCGUGGUGGUGGACAGCACGCUGAUGGACAGUGACGUGGUCAAGAGCCUCACUAAAGUGCUGGAGGAGGAAGAAGAGGAGGAGGAUGACGAGAGGAAGAGGAGGCUCGAGGUCAAACCCACUCAGGCGUCUCACACUAAUUACCUGCUGAUGAGGGGAUAUUACACACCUGGAGUCCUGCGCUCACAGACACACAACUCCAACAGCACCGACAGCAUCAUGGUCAACACCUGCAACGUCCACCUGCAGCUGAGACAGACGCCCACACAUACACUCUUCAGCAGCAGCGCUGCUGCUGUCUCAGCUCUGUCUCCAUCCGCUCCUCCGUCUCUCCCACUGUUCUUCACGCAUGUGUAUCGCUCGGCUCCCGUCGGUGUGCAGGUGUUUCUGGACCGCUGUGUGAGCGUGCUGGGAUACGGAGUGCAGGAUGUGCAGGCGGUGACGGAGAUCAGGCGUGCCGUGGAGGAGGCGGCGGAGUUUGGUGUUGACAGACAGGACCUCUGCGAGCACUUCAUACACCUGGACCAGCCCGAGGAUGGGCGGAGCAGAACACUCCUGCAGUACAUACAGGAUCUGGUGGACGGGGAGCAGCUGGUGGAGGCGGGCGCUCUCUCUCAGAGGCUGGUGUGUGCAGAGGCCGCAUCUCAUUGGCUGUUACAGAGCAGGUGUGGGAGUGUGCAGAUGCAGCAGGCGUUCCCAAUGAGAAGCCCCGCCCUCGACUCCGCCCACGACACACCCCCACCUACUAAAAGCCAGACUGUGGAAGCAGAAUUACAGGAGACAGUCGCUUUGGAUCCCGUCUCCACAGACACAGCUGUCAAUCAGACCAUCUCCACAGACACAGCUGAGAGUCAGCCUGCUUCCAUGGAGAUUGAUGCUGAGGAGGCGGUCCAUAAAGAUGACGGAGGCUCAGAACAGCAUAUGUCCGAUGACAAAGGGGUGGGGCUUAACACAGACCCUGCCCCCUCUCAGAUGAAAGACAGAGCUGAAGGAGCUGCUGAUCGGGACACAAACGGGUCGGUGUGGUUCGUCAGCCGGCCGUGGCGUGUGGUGGACGGCUCGCUCAAUCGGCCCGUGUGUAAAGGCAUGCUGGAGUCUCUGCUGCUGCACAUCAUGUCCAGCCCGGCGCUGCUCGAGUCCCAGCUGCUGCAGCACUACAGUCAGGUGCUGCAGCCCGUGGUGGUGCUGGACCUGCUGCAGGUGACCUCUACACAGCCCUCGGGCGAUCACUUGAGUGCAUGUGACUCCUCUCUGUUUGAAUUCAUUUGACUGUGGCGCUCGCAGGGGGUGGGCACUAUGACCAAAAACUUCAACUAUCACGAUAUGAUUCAUUGUAUUUCACGAUAACAGUAUAUAUAUAUCACGAUAUGGUUAUUUUUCACCAGUGUCAAAAUCACAAAAAUCUAAUACUAGCCUAAAUAAUAUUUUAAAAAACCUAAAAA